UCCUCGGUGCUUCUAAUCAUGAUUAUCUUGCAGAGACGUGCAGCCUGUGCCUGAACUGCACGUACAUGAAACGUGUUGCGGCUAGUGGGGGCUGGACGAAAACACAUGGGGGGUGGAUGAUCUAAAAAUACCUCUCCCCAGAGCGAUAAUACAACCUGUGUCAGGCCUGUUUGACUUUGAAACUAAACACAGAUAUGGAGGAUUGAAUUUAGUCCAGCCCCUCUUCUCACUUUGGCUGAAAGUGGCGAAGAAAAAGUCGGAGCGGUUUGACAAGCCGGACUGGGGAUACAGACGCGUAAAGCCGCCGAGAUCACUUUUUUACUCCGUCUUGGCCUGGAAUACGCAAAGCUGCUCAUUUGGAGGAAGAGACGUGUCCGGUGCAGUCGGUGGAACGUAACGAGCAUAAUUAACAGCCUCGGUCUCUCUCCCUCCAGUUGAGAGUGAAUGUUAUUCCUGAUUGGGCCACGGGUCCAUCGCUGAUCACAUGGCUUUGGCUGGAUGUUCAGAUUAUUUCCUUCACCGCCCAAAUUACCAGGGUAGUGUGGACCGCGCCUCCUCUCACCGUCCUGCAGAUCUUAUUGGGCCCAGUUUUCGGCAGGCGUCCAAUCGGAACUCCCCAAGUCACCAAGAGGACGAUGUGGACUUGGAGGCCCUGGUGAACGACAUGAACUCCUCCUUCGAGAGUCUGUACUCCACGAUUAGCAUGCCGUCCGACUCUGCCCCCUUGAUCCAUAAUGGGCAGCUGCAGCGGAGCCCUGGCCCACGGCCCGGCCUGGCCCCCUCCUCCAGGCAGGGAGUCUGCCGCUCCCAGCCCAUGCACAUCCUGGCUGUCAGGAGGCUUCAGGAAGAGGAGCUGCGGACAUCCUCCCUCCCGGCUAUCCCUAACCCAUUCCCUGAGCUGUGCAGCCCAGCCAGUUCCCCCGUGCUGAACCCCGGGUCCCUGCCACAGUGUCAGCCCUCUGGCACAUACAUCAUAAAAAUCUUCAGUGAGGACGGCACGGGUAGAGUGGUGGAGAUACCCGCCGUGAUGACAGCCAGAGACCUCUGCCAGCUGUUGGUCUACAAAAGCCAUUGUGUUGACAACAGCAGCUGGGGACUUGUUGAGCAUCACCCUCCUCUUGGGUUGGAGCGGUGUCUUGAAGACCAUGAGUUGGUGGUAGAGGUUCAGGCCACCAUGACCAGUGACAGCAAGUUUCUCUUCAGGAAGAAUUAUGCCAAAUAUGAAUUCUUUCGAAAUCCUUUGAAUUUCUUCCCCGAGCACAUGGUGGCAUGGUGUCAAGAGAGCAAUAGCACCAUACCGCAGUCACAGCUUCUGCAGAAUUUCUUGAAUCCCGGCAGCUGCCUUGAAAUCCAGGGGUUCUUGUACCUGAAGGAAACGGCAAGGAAAUCAUGGAAGAAACUCUACAUGUUUCUAAGGCGGUCAGGACUGUACUACUCAACGAAAGGGAUGUCCAAGGAGCCACGGCAUCUGCAGUUGUUGGCUGACCUUGAGGACAGCAACAUAUUCACAGUAAUCACAGGGAAGAGGCUGCACAAUGCCCCAACAGACUAUGACUUCUGCAUCAAGCCUAACAAGGUGAGGAGUGAGACUAAAGAGCUAAGGAUGCUCUGUGCAGAGGAUGAGCAGAGCCGGACCUGCUGGAUGACUGCCUUCCGUAUUUUCAAGCAUGGAAUUUCAUUGUAUCAGAACUACAAGCUACCCCAACAAAAGAAAACGUCGGCUGCCCGCUUUUCGUCACCAGUGAGGAGUGUGUCGGAGAACUCGCUGGUGGCUAUGGAUUUCUCAGGGAGGACCGGCCGGGUGAUUGAUAACCCCGUGGAGGCUCAGAGUGCUGCCAUGGAGGAGGGCUACACUUGGCGGAAACGAAGUCAGCGAAUGAACAUUCUCGGCAGCCCAAGUCCCGUCCAUCCAUCUUCACUAAGCUCCAUAGUUCACAGGACCCAGUUGUGGUUCCAUGGUCGGAUCAUGAGAGAGGAAUCCCACAAAAUGAUUAUUCAGCAAGGUCAAGUAGACGGAUUGUUCCUUCUGCGCGACAGCCAGAGCAACCCAAAGGCAUUUGUGUUGACGCUGUGCCACAACCAGAAGAUCAAGCAUUUCCAGAUCUUACCCUUUGAAGAGGAUGGACAGACAUUCUUUAGUCUUGAUGAUGGCGCCACAAAGUUCAGCGAUUUAAUACAUUUGGUGGAAUUCUACCAGCUUAACAGAGGAGUCCUGCCCUGUAAACUCAAACACCCCUGCACAGUUGUGACCUUAUGACCUAUUACUUGAUUUUUUAUUUUUUUUUUU